CUACUACGCAACUAGCUUCUUAACCUCCAUCAUCACCUCCAAGCUGCUUUCAGUUUAAUCAUCCAUCAUCAAUCAUCAGAUUUCGAUCACCCUCGUCACGAACCUCGAGCUUACCAGUACCUGUCGACGACCAUACUCUGAAAUAUGGGUCAAGGACAAUCCGGAAUGGGCGGGGCCCCUGGUGGGGACGCCGGCAAAGAUCAGAAGGACCAGAAGAAAGACAAGCCCAAGUACGAGCCGCCUCCACCAACCACCCGCGUCGGCCGCAAGAAGAAGCGUCUUGGUGGCGGUCCGGAUGCUGCCAACAAGCUCCCCACGGUUUUCCCCAACGCGCGCUGCAAGCUGAAGCUGCUCCGGAUGGAUCGCAUCAAGGACCACCUCAUGCUCGAGGAGGCGUUCGUGACGAACGAGGAACGGUACAGGGCUUCGAAGGGCGAGAAGGGAGGUCUGGAGCAGAGGCAGGAGGAGGAGAGGGGUAGGGUUGAUGAUAUGCGUGGAAGUCCCAUGGGUGUCGGUACGCUAGAGGAGAUGAUUGAUGACGACCAUGCUAUCGUUUCGAGUACUACGGGACCUGAGUACUACGUCUCUAUCAUGUCCUUCGUCGACAAGGACCUGCUCGAGCCCGGAUGCUCUGUCCUGCUCCACCACAAGACCGUGUCGAUCGUCGGUGUGCUUACGGAUGACUCGGAUCCCCUCAUCACUGUGAUGAAGCUCGACAAGGCGCCGACCGAGUCUUACGCCGAUAUUGGAGGUCUGGAGCAGCAGAUCCAGGAAGUUCGGGAAUCCGUCGAGUUGCCACUGCUCCACCCCGAGCUGUACGAGGAGAUGGGUAUCAAGCCCCCGAAGGGAGUCAUUCUCUAUGGAUCGCCUGGUACCGGAAAGACGUUGCUCGCCAAGGCCGUUGCCAACCAGACCUCGGCGACAUUCCUGCGUAUCGUCGGUUCCGAGCUCAUCCAGAAGUACUUGGGUGACGGCCCCAGGCUAUGUCGUCAGAUCUUCCAGGUCGCGGCAGAGCAUGCUCCCAGUAUUGUCUUCAUCGAUGAGAUUGACGCCAUUGGUACGAAACGUUACGACUCUACCAGUGGUGGUGAGAGGGAGGUGCAGAGAACCAUGCUGGAGCUUCUAAAUCAGUUGGACGGUUUCGAUGAUCGUGGUGACGUCAAGGUCAUCAUGGCCACAAACAAGAUUGAAACCUUGGACCCGGCCCUGAUCAGACCUGGACGUAUUGACCGCAAGAUUCUGUUCGAGAAUCCAGACCAGGUCACCAAGAAGAAGAUCUUUGCCCUUCACACCUCCAAGAUGUCCUUGAGUAGUGACGUCGAACUGGAUGAGUUCAUCAACCAGAAGGACGAUCUCUCCGGUGCCGAUAUCAAAGCCAUCUGCACAGAGGCUGGUCUGCUCGCGCUCCGUGAGAGGCGAAUGAGGGUCCAGAUGCAGGACUUCAGAAGCGCUAGAGAGAGGGUUCUCAAGACCAAGACUGAGGGCGAGCCGGAGGGGUUGUACUUGUAAUUGUGGGCAUUAUGGAUGCAGUUUAGACGCCGGGGCUUUUACAUUGGGAUGAAUGCAAUGGGAUGGGUCCAAUCGUUUUUGCUUUGUGUGUCAGAAGGCGACAACUUUUUGUUUCAAGGUUCGCUGUUUCGUUGUUGAGUGAUGGGAAAACUUU